AGAGGGGGAGAUAGAAGGUAGAGGGAAGGUUGUGGCAAGCUAAGGGUAGGUGCCAAAAGCCUGGCAGCCUGGCAGAAGGACUCGGGUGUCCACUAACCGACGAUGUCGCGGCACAGCGCAUGAUGUUGACGGCGUUGGUGACUGUGUCAGUGUGUAAGUGUGUGUGUGUGUGUGCGUGUGAAUAUGUCAGUGUGUUGUUGUCUGUGGCCGGCGAGUGAUAGACGCUACCAUUAAUUCACAUUCAGGUGCCGCACGCUUGGCUGCCCAACUUUGCUCCAGCAAAAUAUAUACCUAAGGGUGAGUGUGUGUGUGUGUAUAAGUGUGUGUGGCAACGACAUGUGUUCUCACACAUAGCUAAAGCGAGGGAAUGGAGAGGGAGAAGCUGCGGUCGCUCGUGCAGGCAAAUCUCGUGCAAUGCAUGACAAAUGCCUCCCUCUAAAAAAAAGGAAAAAGAAGAAAGACUUUUUUAAACAACGUCGACCCACUUUGGCGAUGGGGUCGUGUAAUUAGUGUGGCUCCUACUUGGACAUGGAUAAUUCAUGAUGCGCAAAAUCGAAAGUUAGUCGAGCACAGCUCGCAAUGCCAGGCACAUUGUGAGUGGCCAAAAGCAAAAUCAAUAAAGGCAGGUCGCAAAGUUCUCGACUCUCGACUGGGGCCAAUGCCAAGCAACCACUAAAUAUCAAAAAAACAGAGCUAAGAAAUAAGGUAGCCAUGACAACGCGACUCAAUAAACAAAUGGUAAAUACACUCGCACACACGUGGUAACACACACACAGACGCACACACAGUCGCACUUAAUGCGGCUAUUCAAAUAAAGUUGCUUUAAAAAUAGCUCACAUUGUCGCAUUCGCAAUCGCAUUUAUUGUAUUCGGUGCUCGGCUGUUCGCUGGCACACGCAAACUGUGUCAAUACAAAAGUACACCACCAACUGCAGUUGGCUACUGACAGUUGCUGCACGAGCACCACACACAGGACAAACAGGAAAAAGGACUCUGCCUGCCAGGACUGAACGAGGACUCACUGGAGAGAGAGUGUGCCAUCAAAGUUACCGCCACACUUGGAGAGAUGUUUCCACAGGCUGAGCUGGAGAACUACAAGCUGCAGGUGGAGCUGCUGCAGGAGAAAUUGCAGCGCAGCGAGGACAAUCGCCAGCAGCUGGAGCACAAGCUGGAUAAAGUCUUACAAAAGCGCAGCGAGUUUGAUAAGUGCGUGCGGCAGAAGAGCAGACAAAAGUACCAAGAAUUUCUGGAGGAGCAGGCGAAACGCAAUGAGCGCAACAAAAAGCUAGUUCAGAUGCUGGAGCGCAUUGAUGAGCAGACGGCAGCAAUGUCGCAGCGCAGCGAGCGACUCAAAAUGAUGAAGUUGCAAUACCAAAUGUACUUUGCUAAAUUGGUGCAGCAUCAAACGUUGCGCAGCAUUCAACAGACAACAGCAGCAACAACAGCAAUGCCAGUUAUGUUGCAACCACAAGCAGCAGCAAUAUCGAAUCCAACAGCAACAACUGCUGCUGCUGCUGUUGGAGUUGCGACUUCAGCUGGUCAAUUGCUAAAUCCAAAUCCAACGCAGCAGCAAUGGGCGUAUCCAGCACAGCCUGGCAUGUUAUUAGCGCCUCAGUUUACGCCUCAGCCAAUGUAUAUGCCGAUGCCAGUGCCAGAUCUUUAUGGAGGCAUGAGUUUGGGCGGUGGCCAGGCAUUGGGCACAUCCAAUCUGUUCGAUCUGCGCGCCACGUUGCGUGCCCUGGACAAUGAGAAUGCCGAUUUGCCGGAGCGCAUGACACGCUCAGCAGCAGCAGCAGGUGAGUAUCAAGGAGACAGAGGAGCAACACCAGCAACAUCCACAACGACGACGCCUUGUUCGCCGACAAGAGACAAAAGCGUCGCCAGAGAGCUGAGCAGCACAUCGUCAACAUCGCUGGCAACAUCCUCGUUGACAUUUGAUAAAUUGCCAAAGACGGCAACGCUGACUGAGUUGACUGAGACGCCAGCAGCAGCAGCAGCAUCAUCGGUAGUUGCAGCUGUUGCCGAUGACGUUGGGCGACCACAAAUGGCAGGGCUACGCAGGGGCAGCCAACAACAACAGCAGCAGCAGCAGCAGCAAAUGGAGCAACAUCAGGAUGCUUGGCCAAAUUCACGCGUGACUAAAGUCGAGCAUGAAAAAUCGCCAAGUGUCGCUGGCCAUAAUGAGCCGGGCCAACAACAACAUCAGCAGCAGCAGCAGCAACACAAUUUCGAAGCAUACUUUGGUGAGCUGAAAAUCGAUGAGCCCUGGCAGCAGCUACCAUCCACAACAACAGCAGCAACAACGAGACCGAGAGAAGACAAACUGGAGCUGAACGUGCGUGCAACUGGCAACGGAGGUGGCAAUGGCAAUGGGAACGGUGUUGGCUUGGUUGGUGGCAUCAGCAACGAUUUGCUAGACGAAGUCAAAGCCAGCCGAGCAGCUCUGCAGAAGGCAGCGGCUGCGGUUGAUGAGCAGCUCGCAAGAGGUAAUCAAUUGUCGCCAACGGCAACGGCAACGAGUAACAUCAGCAACAAUGAGGCAGCCGCUAAGCCCAGAGUGUCGAUUGAGAAUAUUGAAAAUGCCAUUUACGGGGAACGUUUGACAGGCUCAGCCACAGCCACAACAACAGCAGCAGCCACAGCAGCAGCAGCAACAGCAGCAGCGACAGCAGCAGCAACUUCGGCAGCAGCAGCAGCAGCAGCAGCAGUCGUGGCAACACCAACGCUGGGAUUAUUCGAGAAUGCAGAGCAAGAGUUGGAUGUGGACAACACAACACACGAUGCGGCUCAGAUCGAUUACGGACAGUAUGAUGCCAUUAGUUAUGGAGAGACAGGUGAGCCCAGCUACGCCAGCAUCGAACAGCAGCAACAGCAACAGUUGCCGUCGAGCGGAGCCGGAGAGCCGCUUUACAGUGAAAUCGGAAAUCCCACAGACUAUCAGCCAUAUGCAGCGGAUGCAGUGAACGGAGCAGCAGCAUCAGUUCAGGAGUUGAACCCAGCAGAUGGAGCUGAAGGAGGAGCAGCAACUGCGGGAGGGGAAGCGGAGACGCAGCAGCAACAGGAGUACUCCAAUAUGGAUUACAGCAACUACGAUGCGGCGCAGUAUGCAGCUGGCUAUGAUCCCAAUGCCUAUCCGGGCUACAUAUACGACGAGACAACCGGUCAGUAUAUAGCCGAUCCCAAUGCAGCGCAGUAUGCCCCAGAUGGCAGCUAUGCCACACAGGACUAUGAUGCCGGCACAGCCAACUAUGAUUACUAUGGCGAGCAGCCGCAACAGGAGCAACAGGAACAACAGCAGCAGGAACAACAACAGCAGCAGCAGGAAGUCGCGUAUCCAAUGUCCGAGAAUAACAGCGAGGGAGGCGAGUUGCUCGAAGCCACUCCCGCACCUCCAGCAUCGAAACCUGUCAAACCCACAUCGAUUCUUGCGACGACAGACAAACAAGCGGCGCCUAAUGAUGCGCAUCAGCAGCAGUCACAGCAGCAACCACAGCAGCACCAGCAGCAGCAGCAACCAAAGAAGAAGAAGCGCGUUAAUUUCGUUGACAGCAGCGAAACGGAUGACAGCUCAAGCGCGAAACCAGUCCAGCAGGAGACGACAACGACAAACUCCAACAGCAACCAUCCACAAGCUGCAACAGCUUCUCAUCCUCCGGGUGGCAGCGAGAGUGACUUCGAUUUUUCAACGGGCAGCGAGGCGAAGAAUUAGAACAAGCUGCAAAACACUUGAGCUCUAAUUUGCUGCCAUUUGGGUUAACCAAAUCGUUUUCAACAAUCCACUGACCAUUCACUGUGACCGCAUUCAAUUUAUGGCCACUGCAUUUCCUUUCCCUAAUUCAAUGCGCAAUUCGCAAUUCGCUAUUUUGUGUGUGCAUAACAUAUUCAAGCGCAACUUAUUAAAGUGUCAACUGUUGAACUCGAAUUGCGAAUUGAGAGACAGUUUUAGAUAUGUUACUAAUAAUGCAUAACUUGGUAUUAAAUAUAGUUUAAAUUAGUCGCUUUGUUUAAUGCACUUUAAUUGCUACUAAAAAAAAGAAACUAAUAAAUAUUUCAAGGUAUAAAAUAUAUUUGUGAAAUUUACAAAA